ACUAAAAGAUUUGAUUGAUUUCAUGAACCACCACAGUCACCAAAACUCACUCUUAAACUCAAAUCUUCUUUGCUGUUGCUUGGGGAAGAAAGAAAGAAACAAUGGGUUCUUUAGCCAAGAAGGGAUUAGACAAGUAUCUUUCUCAACUUUACCAGCACCCUUUGAGAACCAAGAUAAUCACAUCUGGAGUGUUGAUUGCGAUAAACGAUGUGGCUUCCCAGAAGCUUAUUGGCAUACAGAGAAUUCAGUUGAAGCGAAUUUUAAUCAAAUUGGUUUAUGGAUGUCUUUACCUUGGACCUUUUGGUCAUUAUCUGCACCAAAUACUAGAUAAAAUCUUCCAGGGGAAAAGAGACUCCAAAACGGUUGUCAAGAAGGUGGUGUUGGAACAAUUUACAUCCUCUCCGUGGAACCACUUUGUGUUCUUGGUUUAUUAUGGACUGUUUAUUGAAAGAAGGACUUGGGUCCAGGUAAAGGCUAAGGUUAGAAAGGAAUUUCCUUCAGUCCAGCUUACUGCUUGGAUGUUCUGGCCAUUUGCUGCUUGGAUAAAUCACCAGUUUGUACCACUUCAGUUGCGCGCCCUCUUCCAUAACCUGGUCGCUUUCUGUUGGGGAUUAUUUUUGAAUCUUCGAGCAAAAUCCGUGACAUUGAAUAAAUCUUAGGGGAAAUUAAAAUACUACGAGAUGUCCUAUGGCUGGGGAAAUAUUCUCCUCCUUAGUACUUAUUACAAACUUUUAUUUGAACUUGAUUAUUGUACUGUAUUUAUCUGGCAAUCAUCCUGGAAAUAACAUAUUGAAGAACAAUGUGAAUCUGUGCUUGAUAUGAUAAUCAUAUAUAAUUGUGCAUCAAAAUAGUGUUAAGAUAAUUUCAUAUUG